AUGCCCUAUCCAUUCGUGCUGCCGACGACUUCGUCCUUCUCCUUCUCGUCCUGCCUCGUCUGCGAAUCGCAUCCGUCGCUGCCCCUCCAAGCAAGCACUCACCGCGGCGUCGUCCGAGACUCGCUCAAGAGGUACAAACGCCUCCCCCCGGCAUCUCAGGCCCCUGCUCUCUCCGACGUCGCCGGUGCCCUCCAGUCCUAUCUCCCUUACCUCUUCGCCAUCGAUGCGGGCCUCUCCAACAAGACCAUCCACUCCGAGGAAAUCUCCGUCAUCCUGCAGACGGCCCCUCUAAUAGAAUGGCGCCCAACCCUCUCCGGCAGCCUGCUCCCCGGCCGUGAGCCGCCGCGGAUAAAGAUCCACUCGCUCGAGUACGAGCUCUUCUUCGCCCUCGCCGCCCUCGCAAACACCCACACCCUCCAAUCUCGCGCCGCCCUGCAGCCCCUCUACCAGACGACCACGGCCCCCGUCGGGACCGCCGAACGCCAAACCGCCCUCUCCACCGCGACCCGCCACCUCCUGGACGCAGCCUCCAUUUACACCUACCUCUCCGCGCGCGCCGACUGCCUUCCGCAACAACAAGGCCAGACGCCGGCCGCGCUGCCCAGCCCAGACCUGCACCCCUCGACCCUCCGCGCGCAGCGCGCCCUCGCCCUCGCCGAGGCCACCCUGCUGGCCGUGCUCAAGGACGACCCCUACCCGGCGGCCGUCGCGCGCGCGCGCAACCCGCACGACACCGAGUGGAUGUACAAGGCGCCGGACCUGCCGCGCGUGCGCGCGCACCUGUUCGCGCGCCUGUGCCUGGCCGCGGCCGAGCACGCGGCGCAGGCGCAGGCGGCCGCCGGCGCGCUGGGCGGGAGGAGGGGGUCCGGGUCCGGGUCCGGGUCCGGGUCCGCCGGGUCCGCCGUCGCCGACGGCUUCCUCAGGUACCUGGAGGACCUGCGGCGCGCCAGCCGGGCGAGGGCCUGUCGGUUCUUCGGCAUCGACGCGGAGCUCGGCGGCCAGACCGGCACGGCUAUUGCCUGGUUACGGGCCGGGUUGGCUGAGUUGGGGGUGGAGAGGAAGGGGGAUGGCGGGAAGGGUGGCGGUGGGUUGAAGGGGCUGAGGAAGGAGUGGAAUGAGAGGAGGGAGGAUAAGAAGGUGGAGCGGGGGCUGGAUUGGGGCGCGGACGGCGGCAGGCUGGAGGAGACGAGGGUGAUUGAGAUGCUGGAGGCGAAGUGGACGAAGCAAAAUGACACAAUGCUUACGCAGCCAAUACCCCCUAUCGGACCUCUGCUCGCCCAGAUGCCGUCCGGGCGCGAGAUCCACACCAUCCCGCCCUUCCAGCCGCCGCAGCUGAGUCCCGAGGUGCUGGAAGAGAUGCGGGCGCCGCCCGAUAGGUCGGACGAGUUCGGCAACUAUCCGAGCUCGGACGAGGAGACGACCGUGGACCCCUCGCCGGUCGGGGCGUCCUCGGGGAGAUCGGCAGACUAUAGAACGGGCACACCUGGAUACUUUUGA